AUGUCCCGCCGGCUGGAUGUUGCUGGAAAAGUUCUGGCCAUCAGAAGAGAAGACCAGAGUGUGUGGGAAAGAAGAGCCCCUUUGGCACCAGAUCAUGUCAGGCAACUGGUGAAAGAUGGCGUUAAAGUUCUUGUGCAACCAUCCAGCAGAAGAGCUUAUCCAGCGCAGGCAUAUGCAAAUGCAAGAGCUUGCAUUCAAGAGGACAUUUCAGAAGCUUCUGUCAUCCUUGGAGUCAAGCAAGUACCCAUCGAUGCCCUGAUUCCUGACAAAACUUACUGCUUUUUUUCACAUACCAUCAAAGCGUCAGAAGAUAACAUGCCCAUGUUGGAUGCACUCCUGGAAAAGAAUAUCAGACUCAUUGAUUAUGAAAAGAUGGUGGAUGACACUGGCCAAAGAGUGGUUGCAUUUGGUAUGUAUGCUGGUAUGGCAGGGAUGUUGAACAUUUUGCAUGGACUGGGACUGCGAUUACUUGCUCUUGGACAUCACACUCCUUUUAUGCACAUUGGACCCGCGCAUAGUUACAGAACCACGGAUAUUGCGAGGGCCGCUGUCCGAGACGCAGGCUACGAAAUCUCCUUGGGACACUUGCCCAAGUCUUUGGGAGUUUUGACUUUUACCUUCACCGGAUCCGGAAAUGUGUCCAAAGGUGCCCAGGAUAUGUUCCGGGAAUUGCCCAUUGAAAUGGUCCCACCCGAGGUUUUGCCGAAAGUCUGCUCUCAAGGCCAACACAAUAAACUGUAUGGUUGCCAAGUGAGUCGAAAGCAUCACUACAAAAGGAAUAAAGGAGGGCGUUUUGAUGCUGCGGAAUUUGCUGAGCACCCAGAGAGAUACUAUUCAUCGUUCAGCAAAACCAAUAUCAGACUCAUUGAUUAUGAAAAGAUGGUGGAUGACACUGGCCAAAGAGUGGUUGCAUUUGGUAUGUAUGCUGGUAUGGCAGGGAUGUUGAACAUUUUGCAUGGACUGGGACUGCGAUUACUUGCUCUUGGACAUCACACUCCUUUUAUGCACAUUGGACCCGCGCAUAGUUACAGAACCACGGAUAUUGCGAGGGCCGCUGUCCGAGACGCAGGCUACGAAAUCUCCUUGGGACACUUGCCCAAGUCUUUGGGAGUAUUGACUUUUACCUUCACCGGAUCCGGGAAUGUGUCCAAAGGUGCCCAGGAUAUGUUUCGGGAAUUGCCCAUUGAAAUGGUCCCACCCGAGGUUUUGCCGAAAGUCUGCUCUCAAGGCCAACACAAUAAACUGUAUGGUUGCCAAGUGAGUCGAAAGCAUCACUACAAAAGGAAUAAAGGAGGGCGUUUUGAUUCUGCGGAAUUUGCUGAGCACCCGGAGAGAUACUAUUCAUCUUUCAGCAAAACCAUUGCCCCUUACACGUCUGUGCUGGUCAACGGGGUUUACUGGUCGCAGGAAUUCCCGCGCCUCAUAACCCUCCCGGACGCCAAGCACCUCUGCGAACCCGUCGUGGCGCCCUGGCUGGCACCAUGCCCCGGGGCGCCGACGUUACCCCACCGCCUGGUCGCCGUCUGCGACAUCUCCGCGGAUCUCGAUGGCUCCAUCGAGUUCACCGUGGAUUGCACCACUAUUGACAACCCGUUUUGGAUCUACGACCCCGUUCAUCACACGACCCAUCAGAAUGGGCUCAUGGCCCCGGGUUUCCUCCUGUGUUCCAUUGAUAACAUGCCGACGCAGUUGCCCAGAGAAUCGACGCACUUUUUCGGCGAGCUCUUGUUGCCGCACAUCUACAGCAUUUUGCAGUCGGAUGCCAAAAAGAGCAUGGACGACACGCAUCUCUCACCGGAAGUAACUUCUGUAGCUGUGGCUGCCGGGAUCACGAUAGUGAACGAAGUUGGACUCGACCCUGGCAUAGAUCAUUUGCUUGCCAUGGAAUACAUUGACAGUGUCCAUUUGAAAGGAGGCAAGAUUGAAAGCUUCGUGUCCUACUGUGGAGGGUUGCCAGCUCCAGAACAUUCAGAGAACCCAUUGAGGUACAAGUUUUCCUGGAGUCCAAGAGGAGUCCUGCUCAAUGCUCUCAGUGGGGCCAAAUAUGUCUUGGACGGGAAGAUCAUUGAGGUUCCGCCCGGAGCCCUGAUGAGUUCUGCUGAACCCGUCGGGUUUCUGCCGGGUUUUGCUCUGGAAGGAUACCCCAACAGGGACUCUCUCAUUUACCAAGAAAUGUAUGGAAUUUCUGAAGCCAAGACAGUGCUGAGAGGAACAUUGCGAUACUUCGGUUUUGCUGAGACC